CUCACUGCGUCGUCUCCGAUUCGUGCGGAGCGCAAGAGAGGAGAAGCAUCGCGUGCGAGGCCCUUUGCGAGAAACGCACACAUCCUGUGCUGCUGCCGCUGCUGCGCCGUUCGACAGCUGCAGCCCCCACGCGCCCCGUAGGCGCCGCUUGCUUUGCGUUUCAGGAAAAAAAGAGAAAAAAAGAGACCGUUGCUAAUAACGCGAACAGUGCCUGGACGCUCCCCGUCAUGUGGCCUGAGGUGCUGUUCUCACUGCUCCUUCUCGGCUUUUCCGCUUCGCUGUCGUGGUUCCUGCGCCGGAAGUGGAAACUCGGUCUCUUUCGGCGCCAUGGCAUCCCGGGUCCUGAGCCUGAAUUCUUCUGGGGAAACUACAUGCAGCUCAAGGAGGACCGCAUACAGGUGAUGGAACGGUGGAUCGCAGAAUACGGCAAGGUGUUCGGCUACUACAGCGGUGAGGUGCCGUUCAUAGUGGUUUCGGAGCCGGAUAUGGUAAAGGAGUGCCUCGUCAAGGAGUUUCCCACCUUUCACGACCGCCCCCCAUUCGUCCUCUGUGUGGAACCUUUCAGCAGCUGCAUGCUGCAGCUCACAGGCAGCGAAUGGAAGCGCGUGCGCAGCGUGCUCAACCCCACGUUCAGCUCUGUGAAGAUGAGACAGAUGGCGCCCAUCGUUCACACCUGCGUGGACACUAUGAUGGAAGUGCUCGAUGAGCGCUGCGGCAGCCAGCAGACGGUCGACAUGCUCAAGGUGGCCCAAGGCUACUCUCUCGACGUCAUCACCAAGUGCGCCUUCGCAUGGCAGGUGGACUGCCAAAAGAACCCAAAUGAUCCACAGCUCUUGGGAGUUCGGAAGAUCUUUGAGGAGGCCGAGAGUGCCGCUGUGUGCAACGCCAUCCGGUUUCCCUUGCUGCGAGUCGUGCUUAAGUCUCUCUACCGUUUGAGCGACUACUACAAGGUUAUACAGCACCUGACUAACAACCUGCGCCAGGUCAUAGAGCUGCGACGACGGGAGCCCAAGGUGUCCGCUACAGACAUGCUCCAACUGAUGCUCGAGGCACAGGCAGGGGCUGAAAUCUUUAAAAAUGGGCCCAUCAGUAGAGACGUCCGUCUCAUUGAGGACCGGCACGUGGUUGGCAACGCCUUCAUCUUUCUCGUGGCUGGCUUCGAGACGACGGCCACUUCACUUGGCUUCCUCAUGUACCUUUUGGCAACACAUCCCGAUGAGCAGGAGAGGCUUCACGAGGAGAUCGAGGCCGCAUUUGGGACCGACGGUGAGCUCGUCUACGAGGGCGUGCAGCAGCUCAAGCGACUAGACAUGGUCAUCCAGGAGGCGCUGCGCAUUUAUCCGCCCGUGGUGUUGUUCAUCAGCAGACGCUGCGUCAAGGACACCACCAUCAUGGGUCACUUCUUUCCGGCGGGAGUGAACAUCAUGAUCCCCACAUGGCACCUCCACCAUGACCCAACCCUAUGGCCGGAACCAUUCGAGUUCCGCCCAGAGCGGUUUGACCCCGAAGGGAACGGAGGCCUUUCCAAGGAUCCAGCAUCCUUCCUGCCCUUCGGCUUAGGUCCACGGGUGUGCAUCGGCAAGCGGUUCGCCCUCCUUGAACUCAAGAUGGCCGUCUGUCGGGUUCUGAGAGAGUACCGCCUGCUGCGCUGCGAGGAAACGCAGGAACCACUCAAGCUAAUCGUGCCAAGUGUCAUCAUCAAUCCCGAGCGAGGAGUGGUCGUCAGGCUACAAAGACGACAACCCGAGGCGAAAGUGCCAACCGUGACGUCCACGCGUGUUGCGAAUACCACAGACGUUGCUUAGCGCCUUCAUGAUGAAACAUGUCUCUGUCGAGUUGAGUUCUCUGUCUCGAUGGAACCACAUGUAAUGCAUAUCAACUUCACCUCAUCAAAAGUUGUCUCUCACACAAGCUUCGCAUCUUUCUAAUGUAGAAGUUCAGCAUUGAUUUUAAGCUACACUUUCUGUUUAAUACUGUUUUGAAUUUACAUACUUUCUUAACUUAGUGUCAUCAGCCCGUGGUAUGUUUCCACAAUAUAGACGUGCUGCACCAUUGUGGAAAUGUGCAAUCGUACCUGCCAUAUGCUGUGAUAUACAAUGCGCGUUAUCGAGGGUAGAUUCCGCAUGAAUUUAUUCUACAACCUAUUAUUUUCUUGCACACAUGGUACAACAUGGGUAACGAGAAACAAAAAUAAUAGCGCUAACAUUCGCUGUCACUAAAUCAUGUCACACUUCUUCAUCUGCGGGACUCUUAAUGACGUCAUUAUGUGGCACCACUCAAAAGCAACGCCCAUGUUUAUUGUAAUAAAGAAGCAAGUUGUUUUUUUUUCGUAGUUCAAACCAUUUUUUGAGGUAGUCCUGCAGCAGUGCAACGGGACAUUACCUAUCAAAAAGACCUAAAAAACGGUUACAGUGCCUAAGGAUUAGAGAUAACGCAGUGUGGCCCCACAAGUAACACGAAAUUGUCUUUGUCGUGAUUUCAGUGACAUUGGGGGGAAUACUAAAGAAGCCUAGCCUUGACUGACUUCGCAUUUUAUAACCGCUCGCGAGCAGCAUUCUUUCAUGAAUAAUAAAGAAUAAAGCUUUCAUAUGACA